AUGUUUAGCUCAGCUUCUAUUGUUAUACGACAUGUAGUUUUCACCAUUCUUCUCUCUAUCGAUUUAGCCAAUGGCCCUACUGAAAAUUCCAAAAUUUCCAACGUUGUCCUUAUGGUCGUGGAUGCCUUAAGGGCUGAUAUGGUCUCAUCGAAAAAUUUUUCCAAUAGUUGGCCAAACUUGAACGACAUAAUGAAAAGGAACAUGGUGCGGUGUUUUACUUCCUUUCUUACGGCUCCCUCUGUUACAAGCCCUCGAAUAAAGGCGAUUGCUACUGGCAGUGUGCCGGAAUUCAUUGACAUCCUCUACAACCUGGAAGACUCAGGACUGAAGCAGCCGUCUUGGGUUCAACUCAUGUCGAAGCACGAUCGACGGCUUGAAGUUUAUGGUGACGAUACAUGGAUUCGACUAUUUCCGGGGGCUUUCAAACGCUCGGAUGGAACAACCUCCUUCUUUGUAAAUGACUUUUAUGAAGUUGAUGAAAACGUCACCCGACAUCUUGACAACAGACUUGAAGCCUCCAAAGAUUGGGAUUUAAUGAUAUUACAUUAUCUUGGACUGGACCAUAUAGGGCAUGUUCAGGGACCACACGGCGAUGCUAUGCCGUCGAAGAUAAGAGAGAUGGAUCUUGUUCUGCAGAAAGUCGUUAGUGGUUUGGUCAGUUUAUAG